ACGUAAAGUAACCGUACAUUUUUCAUGCUUAGUAAGUAGCUUCAUAAAUUAUGAACGUAGGGAUAUAAUAAUAAGAAAAAGGAAAACCAAGGAAGAAAAAACCUUAAAUUCCACUAUCGCGAAAAUAAGUUCCAAAUUCUCUUGAUGAGAGAAUACAUUGAAGUUCGCGUUUGAUAUCACAUAUGUUCUUUUCCCCUCAUCCCUCGAAACUCCAUGGUAGAUAAUCAAAUUCCAUUUCAAUACCCCUUCAUACUUGCAAACGACAAGAUUGAAUGCAGUGGGCCAAUAAGAAUAAGCGAAAUCCAGGCUAAAUGAAGGUACUAAUUUGCGCGGCGGAGGAAGAGAGACGUCACACGCAGGGAUGCGCAGCGGCUCACUCGCAACUCGGCCUCACACGAGACGAAAAUGCAGCUUUCGAUAAUAACCGAGUGACCUUUGAUUUUCCUGAUUUAUUCGUACAUUCUGCUAUGGAUGUGAUACCUUCAACCUCACGGUGUAAUAGUGCGGUGAAUAAGCAAUUUAGUGCCGUAGAAAUUGAACUGUACUAUUUGAUAGCCAAGUAUUUAUCGUCCGGCCCCUGCAAGAAAGCGUAUGAGGUGCUGAGGGCCGAAAUUGAAGAAAAUCAGUUACUACCUAAGAGAUAUGACUGGCUGGGCAAUGAACAUAGGAAAUCACUCGAUGAAGUGGUAAGUGCUAUGGAAAUUUUGACCCCUGUCACCGUUUGUACCCGCGGGAACGUGAGGGAAUGGUGGGAAAGGGUGCGGGAAGAUGGAGUGUAACAUAUAUGUGAAAUAAAGACAUUGUGCAGCAUUGAUCAUUGUCUGGCUGGAAGGUUUCGGCGAAGGAAAACAUUUCUCCCAGUGGCGUACCUUGGCGCGGGUGGCGGUUGUGGACGUGCCAAAUAUUCAUUUUUUCAUCACCUUUCCCUCCCACUUCCUUUCAUCAUUUGGGUCUCCAUUACUUUUUAUCAUGGAGAUACUUUAUAAAAGUUCAACAUUUAAAAAGAAAUGUGUAACUUAGAAACAAAAUGGGAAGCGGUAAAAUAAGGGAUAGAAAUAACUGUUUGGAACCUCGACUGGAUGCGUGCCAGCCACACCGAGUGACGAAACUGGCAGCCAUUCAGAUUCGCCGGAGAGCCACCGCGGGAGCACAAGCGCGAUUCUCAUUGGUGGACAGACGUCGGCGGGGAGGGGCUUGCCGUAGGGAUCAAUAUUGUGCAACAAGAGAAACAAAGAGGUUGCAAGCCAAGAUGAGCGCUAUUGGAAGGCGGCCAGACCACCACCACCACCUCCUCCCUUUCUCUGCGUCCCUCCCUCUCCCCCUCUUUACUCUCCCUCCCUUUGUCCCAGCCCCCCCUCUUUGCUCUCCCUCCCGUUGUCCCAGCCCCCCCUCUUUACUCUCCCUUUGUCCCGUCCCCUCUUUUGCCUUUCCCUCCAUCCUUUAUCUACCUCUACUCUCGCAUUUUCUGCUCUCAACCUUUCGUCGUUCCCCUCUUGCCCACUUCUCUUCCCCCAUCCUCGUCCACAUUGUUGUUGUGUUCGUCGUCGUCGUCGUCGUCGUCGUCGUCGUCGUCCUCCUCCUCCUCCUCCUCCUCCUACUC